ACUAUCUAUGAUAGUAUUGGGCUCAGCUACUAGAUAGCUAACUCCCACCGUGAAUUGAAACAUUAAGGUCGGGGGGCAAUUGCAUGGUAUUUCUUAUGACAAAUACGAUUAAUUACGAUUUAUUUUGUAUUGUAUUUUAUUAUUUCUGAACCUGUAGUUUUAAAAACAAAAAAAUAUUUUAUGUUAGUAAUUUUUAUGACUAUUUUAUUUUACCAUUAAAAAGUAAAAACGAUGUUGUUCCUAAUACAUUUUGUACAAUGAAUGAAAUGUUUUGCCGCCGAGAAAAAUAUGGCGGCCGUCGACAGCUGAGCUUCACUUGAUAACAAUAUAAAUUAUAUAGGAGCAUAGAUAAUAUCUUAUAUUAUCUAUGUAUAGGAGUACCUUAUCUAGAUAGUAUAUAGAUUUUAGAUUCUGUGAUGUGAACAAAGAUAUAUCUUCUAAUACUAUAAAAUCACAAUUUCGUAUAGGUCAUGACAAAUUAAAAUAAAUUAAAUUUGUCGUGGUAUAGGUAUAAAAUAUAAAAUACAAAAUAACUAUAAACAGUGUUAACAAGCUUAGAUCAUACACUAUAAUAAUAUGAUCUAGGGUUAACAGAUUGUAUAAUUUAAUUAUUUACACAAAAAUAAAAAAAAAAUAGAUACGAAUCACAUAUAUAAACCACGAUUUAUCUUUAAUCGUGAUAUUAACGCAUAAUCGUACAAGCUAUAAAAUCUGAAGAGGGUUAUGACUUAUGGUUUAAAAUAAUGCACAUAAUAUAUUGUAAAAAAAUAUAUAUACACAGGUUAAAGUAGCAACGUUAGCGUACGCAGCGCAGCCUGUGGCCGUUUAAUCGUGCGACUUAUUUCGAUUUUCAGUACGUUUUUUUCAUGCGCGACUGGUGUUCGUGAUGAUACUUAUAAAAUAUAAAUCUUAUCAUAAAACAGUAAACAAUAAACAUAUCUCAUGCUACAAAAGUACAAACACGGAAUACUCCACAUUUGCAUAAUAAUUCUUUACGCUAUCAAUGUCAAAAUUCAGUUUAAAUUUAUCACUUCAUGCGUGACAACGUUUUGUCAUGAUAUACUGUUUAUCCGUACGGGAUUUGUGAUCGUUUCGAUUACUUUUUAUAGAUAUUUACGAUAUAAUUUUGAAAUGGACAAUAUUGAUUUGAAGGAUAAUAAGUUGACUUUAGUCGAUGAUGCAGCUUAUUAUAUACCAAAUUUUAUAACUGAAGAACAGGAAACAUAUAUAAUGGAUAAAGUAAAUAGUGCGCCAAAACCGAAAUGGUGUCAAUUGAAAAAUAGAAGACUUCAAAAUUGGGGAGGUAUACCUCAUGCCAAAGGACUCAUACCCGAAACAAUUCCUGAUUGGUUAAAAGGAUUUGUUGAUCGAGUAGAAAGUCUACAAGUAUUUCCUAGGACUAACAGACCAAACCAUGUGUUAAUUAAUGAAUACUUAUCAGGACAAGGAAUCAUGCCACAUUUAGAUGGAAGUUUAUUUUUCCCUACUAUAAGUACUAUUAACUGUGGAUCUCAUACCGUACUGAAUUUUUAUAAGCCACUUAAGACUGACAUUGAAGUUGUAUCAAGUGAAAAAGUAUACAGUUUAUUGUUGGAAAGACGAAGUUUACUCAUUUUAAAGGAUAAAAUGUAUACUGAAUAUAUGCAUGGCAUUGAAGAGAUUACCAAUGAUAUCAUUGACGAUAAAAUAUCCAAUAUAACAUAUUGUGGAUCAAAUAUACAAAAUGGAAUUCCAUUGACAAGAAAUAAACGUAUUUCAUUAACUAUUAGAAAUGUACCUAGAGUAUCUAAAUUUAAUUUGAACUCGUUGGUGAUAAAAAAAUAAACUCAUUAAUUUUAAA